AUGGAAAUCUGUCAGGGAUGUCAUACCAGCACAGUAUUCGAUCAGGCGUAUCUAGUUCUCUCCAACUGCGUAAGUGUCCGGAUCAAUGGACGCACGCGAGAGACGUGCGAGUACUGGGAAUGUAAAUUUCAGGCUGAAUUUCUCCACGUUACUCCAAAGGAGACCGCGUUUGUCGAUCUGUCCCGCAGAUCGUGUCGAGUCAUCGAUCUCAUCCAGAAGUCGCAUUUCUCUUUUGAAUCUUCCUCUGCCGACUCUUACUCUUUUGCUCUCGCAGUCAUCUUUUGCGCUUCUUCUUGUGGCUCUUGGUUUCUACUUCUCUCUUCAUUCAGUGGACCUCAUCAUCCUCUCUUCUUGUCAUCGAUCCUCGUUCUCAUCUACAUUCGCUUCUUCCUGCUGGCGCUCAUCCAUUUCGACCCCAAUCGGUGCGGCGCUCGUUUACCCCCAGAAGCGCUUCUGUCUGCCGGAGGUCCUCUCUCAUAUGACGUUCAUCACGAUGUGCAUGUUCCAGCAGGAGCUUAUCCGCGCAUCCCCUGUCUCUGCGGGCCUGGUUUUUGGUCAUACCGAGACGAGAUCUGGAGGUUAGACCUUGGUGCUAUUUGGAACAACCAUCCUGCGUAG